ACAUGACUCGAGCGAGACGCACUACUGUCACUGGUCCUUGAACGCAGCACUGACGUCACUGUGAACGGGACAGCUGUCACAGUAGUGUGUGGGGACAUACGCCAAACGACACAUACUCUCGGUUGUUGAGAUAUCCUCAACAUGGCACGUGGGCAUCAGAAAAUCCAGUCUCAGCAAAAGAACGCCAAAAAGCAGGCUGAGAUGAAGAAGGCCAAGGGUCACGAUCAAAAGACGGCAGCCAAAGCAGCUUUGGUGUUCACCUGCGCUGUCUGCAGGUCCCAAAUGCCUGAUCCAAAAACCUUUAAGCAACACUUUGAGAGCAAGCACCCCAAGUCCCCUCUGCCGCCAGAGUUGGAAGGAGUGGAAGCAUAAGGCCCGUCUGGAUACCACACACAGACUUUCUUCAAAACCCGCACCAACUUUGGACUCGGUCUGAUGGAUUGACACAGCUAACAUAAAAUGGUUCACUUCGUUGGGGCUUCUCUGAGCCCAUCCGGCUCUGACACAAAGCCUCCUGGCAUCCAGUACUGGUCUUUUGUGUGUGUGAAUUUGCCCAUGGGCAAGUUUUAAUUUCAAAGCCACUGGAGAAAUGUAUGAUCGAUGAACACUUUGGGUGAUGAUGGAGGGGCUGUCUGUUGUAUUUACACUGUUAUCUGAUGUCUUGUGCACAUUGAAAUAAUUGUCACUUCCUCUGUCUGGCGCAUCUUUAAUGAACUGGUUGUUGGGUCAAAUCCUCAUAUAAAAUCCAUGUCCUGAUGUCUCAAGUCAUCAGCUUGGUGGGUGAUCAGAAGAAUAACCAUAUUGAUUAUUUCUUCUUGUCUUUUGUGAUGCUGACAAAACAAAAUAUUUUUGACAGAUUGCGCUGAGUUGUCUGUGGUUGCAUUUUUAAUUUAGUGAAGUUGUUAUAGUAGUAUUAACAAAUGAAUAAUUUAGUGAAUGGUCGGUGAUGCAAAUAAGUUCUAGUCUUGAAACUCAGAUUUACUGUUUCUGUUAGCGUGUGCUGAUCAAGUUCGGAGCGUAUUUACAGAUGCAUAUGUUUUUGGUCUUUUGACGACCUGCGGCGAGACGAUUGGGUCUGACAAUAUCUGCUCAACAAUCGACGUGUAAUCGCAAAAAAAAUACUUUUUGCUUGCAAAAUUCAAGCUGCUACAUAAAUGGCAAGUAAAAAAAAUGACAGGAACUCAUGAAUGUAUGCUCCACUAAUGUAUAAUAGCAUUUUAAUAAAUUUUACUUUGUGGUAUAAGUUGUUUCCACAGCU